ACGGGAGUCGGAAGACAUGAAGCCCAACAGGAGAGCUUUCAUUAUUUUUCUUUUCCCUCUACACAUCGUUCAAGCCAACUGGUGGUGUAAAUGGGGAGAAGUACCUAUCAGUCAAUGUGUUAUUUCGGAUCACUCGAUGGAUGCUGGGGAUUGAUGGUGGCCACCUGCCGGCUGGAAAGAGCUCACCCAUGAACUACAAAGAGAGAUGUCAGAAACUUGAAUUUCUAAUUGAGAAACAACGGCAGCUUUGUAGCGUCAAUGAAAAUAUAAUGUCGGCGUUGAGUAAUGGUGUUAGAUUGGCUAUUGAGGAAUGUCAAUAUCAGUUCAGCAUGAUCAGGUGGAACUGCAGCACGUUUACAAACUCAAGUUCAAUAUUCGGUGCUGUCACUACAAUCAAGAGCCGUGAAACCGCGUUCGUCUAUGCUGUCAGCUCUGCUGGUAUUGCUUACGCAAUAACUCGUGCUUGCUCUAAAGGUGAACUGACUGACUGCAAUUGUGAUACACGAGUAAGGUUAAGGAAACCGAGGAAACAUUGGCAGUGGGGCGGAUGUUCUGAGGAUAUACAUUUCGGUGAAAAGUUUAGCCGAGAAUUUAUUGAUUCACAAGAAGAUUCAGACACGGCUGAAGGACUGAUGAAUCUCCACAAUAAUGAAGCUGGUAGAAGAUUAAUUCGAUCUCGAAUGCAGAGGGUGUGUAAAUGCCAUGGAAUGUCUGGAUCAUGCAGUGUCAGGGUCUGUUGGAGAAGACUGCCCCCAUUCCGAUUAGUGGGUGACGCAUUGACUUCAAGGUUUGAAGGCGCUUCUUCAGUAAAACUGGUCGAAAAGAAGAGAAGGAAAAUAAAAAGGUUGAGAGCUGCAUCUAAAGGUUUAAAACAGCCGAAUAAUACUGAACUCGUCUAUUUGGAAGAUUCCCCUGAUUACUGUGAAAAAAAUGAAACACUAGGUAUACUCGGAACACACGGAAGAUUAUGCAACAGAGGAAGUCCUGGAUUAGAUGGGUGCAAAUUGUUAUGCUGCGGCCGCGGAUAUCAGACCAGGGUACGAGAAGUUGAGGAGAAAUGUAAAUGUCGGUUCGUUUGGUGUUGCAAUGUCAUUUGUGAAAUUUGUAGGUUUAAAAAAGAAGAACAUAUAUGUAAUUAAUGGCCAAACAAAUGUCAUUUUAUUUCUUAAAAUUGUAAAUUUU